CCUUGUUGGCCACCUGUUUCAAAACUAUUUCAAACAAUUUUUUAAAUAAUUUUUGAAUCAACUUCUAUUCAAUCGUUUCCAAACAAACAAACAUCACAGAAUUUCCCCAAGAGUCUCAUAUCAUAUCAAGAACAAAUGGGCAUUAUGGACAACGAGGUCUUUCAUUUCGAGGAUGAUGAUGACGAUUAUCAAACCUCCAAUGAUGAGUAUAGCGAUGAAAAUGAAAAUGAACCCUGGGAAACCCGCAGCAGAAGAUCAACCAAUCCAGAAGAACAAACUUGCAGGGAGAUUCCAGCAGAUCAAUUCUUGAGCAAAAUCAAUGUCCUCACUGAACCCACCGUCAAGAUCGUGGUCAACUCUAUGAAUGGCUCUAAACAAACUCUCAUGCUACCAAAAAGUCUUCUCUGUACACGAUCCCCAUUCUUCCACCUCGCUUUUAAUGCCCCUCUCAGAGAAUCUGCCUCUCAAUCUCAAGAACUCCACCUCCCCGAAACAUCCAUCGCGGAAUUCGAACUCGUGAUUCAAUUUCUCUCCACAGAUGCCUUUACAUUCCCCCACACCGUCAUCGACUCCCAGGAAAAACUCACACUCUACCUCCUCUUCUUCCAAUCCUGCCAUCGAUUCUCCAUCACCGGUCUCUCCCCCAUCAUCAUCCGCUUCCGAAAUUUCCUCCGCUGGUGUUCCGCCCGCGGCGAAUUCCCCGAUAGUUUUCACAUGCAACUCGCCAUUUCGCUCCCCCCUUCCCACGAGGCGCGCAAGCUGGCUGUCGCUGCCUGUGUAAAACCCUAUGCGUGCUCGAUUACUAAAUCAAGCACGUGUUAUGGACGCGCGCUGUUUCAUCUGGAGAAGUAUGUCGAGGAGGAGACGCAGUUUGCGGCGGAUCUGUUCAGAGCGUAUACGAAGGCGGUGAGGGGCGCGUUGGGGACCCAUACGAUUGUUGAUCCGUUGACGGGGACGGAUUAUACGGUUAGUACGGGGGUGGCGUGUCAGUUGGAGAGGAGUAGGGGGGAUAGGUGUGUGAAUCAUUUGGGGAAGUUUUAGGUGGGUGAGAAGGGGGCUCUGGUUUUGAGGGAGGUCAGGAGUUAUGCGGUGUGGGAAUUGAGGAUUGAGAAAUUUUUUGCAUGAUUGAUAGGGAGUUAUUGGCGGUAUUGAAGAGCAAUGACAGAUAGAGGAUGGAUAUCUCAUUUAUCAGGACUGAAUUAUGAAUAUAAAUAAUUGCACGAUACUUUUGCUUCCUUGCUUUUACUGUCUUCGCAAAAAAGGUUUCAAAAAAUUGAAAAAACU